UCCCUCUCCCCAUUCAAAAAUAUCUCCCCCGCCUGAAAUUCCGAUCGGCGAUAGCACAGCCAGAACCCCGACGGUUACUCCGAAAUCUCCGGCAAUCGGAGCGUACGUUGAUUCGCAGCAACAACGCGCAGUAUUCCUUGGAGCUAUUCUCCAGGAAUUCGGAUGUGGCCGAAUAAUGAGAAUCAGAGAGGAAACUCUCCUCCUACGUUCCAGCAGCUUCUGAUCGGCAAUGCGGGCAAUGCUAAUCAGCAGUCAACGGCGGGAACCCAAGCGGCUAACGUUGUCUCCGGUACUGGAAGGUGGAGCAGCAAUGUUCCCUUGUCUUCCAUCGCAACGGCGGCAAUGGUCCUGCAUCAGCAAACAGGUUUCCCUAAUCUAACUCCCGCGUUUGCGCCGAUUUCCUCUACCGUCGGAUUACCUAUGUCCAUCGAUCAGAGGAACCGGGCGUUCGAAUUUUGUGACGCGAGUACGAGCUGCAGGCCAAAGAAGGCUUCCAAGCAGCCUGGCUACUCUUUCUCGCAGCAGAUUCCUUCGCUAAUGGGAGAUUUUAACGUCGAAGUUGAUGCGUUGUUAAACAAUUUCAUUAAGACGAUUAAUGAUAGAGUUCAGCUAUCGCAAAUGAGGUACUUGAAAUCGAUGGUUGCUUACAUCGAGCAGAUGGCAUCGAAGCGUAUUCAAGAAAAGGAAGCCGAAGUGCAGAACGUGAAUUGGAAAAAUUCUGUGCUGGAGGAGAGGAUUUUGAAAUUGUGCUUCGACAACAAUAAUUUGGAAAAUCGUGCCAUUCAAAAUGCAAUAUUAGUCUCCCAGCUCAAGGCGACCCUAAAACAAGCUAAGGCAGCGCCUCCGCUGGCGGGGCUUCUGCCGGCGAUCGAGGGGAUGGGCGAUACUGACGGGAAAAUGAAGGUUAAACUGAUAAAGGGAGUAAAUAAAAACCCCAAUCUUAUGUUUAAGUAG